AUGCUCGUAUUUGGAUAUGGCUCCCUCAUAUGGAAGGCUGAUUUCAAGUAUGAAUUCAAAACCUCUGCAUUCAUACGAGGCUACAAAAGGAGAUUCUGGCAAGGCUCCAUUGACCAUCGCGGAACUCACGAAGCUCCAGGACGCGUCGUUACCCUGCUCCCAACCGAGGAAUGGAAGGAACGAUUCAGUCAUCUAGACGAAACCAUUGACGAUGAAGACGACCUAGUGUGGGGUGUCGUAUAUAAAAUAGCAGCAGAAGAUGUGGAAUCGGUCAGGUCGCAUUUGGACCAUCGGGAAAAGAACGGAUACUCAACAUAUAACGUCGACGUGUUUCAUCCAUCAGUCGGCAAUGCUACCAUACCAAUGUUCUCGGACGUCCUAGUAUAUGUAGCUGAUAGCAGUAACGAAUCAUUCCUUGGACCCGCUCCCAUAUCACAAAUCGCUAAAAUUAUAGCAGAUAGAAGUGGUCCCUCCGGACCAAAUGUGCACUACCUGUAUGGCUUGACACACUCUCUGAAGCUCGUGAAUGGUCUCGACAAACACUUGAUACAGCUAGAAGCAGCCGUUGAAAGCUAUCUCGCAGAAACUGGCGGACUCGCAAGGCCACGACAUGUAGUAACGGAAAAAGAUACCAAUGAUUUAAAGCUGCUGCAUCGAUUAUCUCAAGAGAAGUUGGACUUGGAUUUUCAAACAGGCUCCCUCUCUUUUCAUCAGUUACAGCCGAUACUAGUGAUGAGCAGCUGA